GUUGUUUCAGUCGCAGUAAUUGCUCGUCCAGGAGCCCAUUGCACUCAGGGACAUUUAAAUCCUGCAGCCUGAGUGCUGUAGCUCAGGGCCGGACUCUCUUGAACUUCCUCCUCUGCUUGGGGACGCAUGACAUGCAGACAUGGACCCCUCGAUUUGCUCUAGGAUUACCGUGUGUCUGGUCCUCACCUUGGCUCAGGUGAUCGCCGUGACGUGCCAAGAGGAAACCAGAAGUGAUAUCUGCACAGAAAAUGGGAAAGUCUACGCCAACAAGGACUUGUGGAACCCGGAGCCAUGUCGGGUGUGCAUGUGUGAUUUGGGAUCCAUCGUGUGUGAGGACAUGGUCUGUGAAGACCUUGGUGAUUGUCAGAAAACGGUGAUCCCAGAGGGGGAAUGUUGUCCUGUGUGUCUUGGUGCAGCUUCUACACUUACACCAAGCACGGACCCACAGACAGCUGUGGAUGAUAAUGAGAAAAGCUGCGAAGCUGAUGGGGAAGUCUACCAACACAACGACAUCUGGAAACCCUUGCCAUGUCGCGUGUGUGUCUGUGACAACGGUGUUGCUAUCUGUGACGAGAUUCAGUGUGAAACUUUGGCAAAUUGCGAGAAGGUCGUGACCCUUGAGGGAGAGUGCUGCCCCGUGUGUGACAACUUUGCCAGCGCCGGCGGCAGGAUAGAAAUUAUGGGUUUCCAGGGAGAGAAGGGUGAACCAGGUGAAAUCCCUUAUGUGGUGGGGCUGCCAGGACUUCCAGGACCAGCGGGCCCUCCAGGAGGUCAAGGACGGACCGGACCAAGAGGUUUUAAGGGCAGACGCGGAUUCCAGGGACCUCCAGGGUUUGAUGGUGAGCCUGGUGUGCCAGGUAACCCAGGAGAACCAGGACCGCCUGGAGAACAUGCUGCUCCUGGGGGAAACUUGGCGUUACACAUGUCUUCAGGGUUCAACGAGAAGUCGAGUGUGUCUAGAAUGGUAACAGCAGAAAGGGGAGAAGCAGGACCAAGAGGACUUCAAGGCCCCCCGGGCCCCCCAGGUGCAACUGGUGGUCAAGGAAUUCCUGGAGAGGCUGGAGAUCCAGGACCAAUGGGUGAGCCAGGUCAUCGAGGGCCUGAUGGACCACCAGGAAAACCAGGACCUGAUGGAGAACCUGGACCUGCAGGUGCACCAGGAGAAGUAGGAUUUCCAGGAUCAGUGGGUGCAAGAGGAUUCCCGGGGCUCCCAGGUCUUCCAGGACGGAAAGGCCCCAAAGGAAGUGUUGGUCUUGACGGACCCAAAGGCGAGCUCGGAGCAGUCGGAACCAAGGGAACUUCUGGUACUCCGGGUACCAUGGGUCCCCCCGGCCCGCUGGGACCGGCUGGUUUGCAAGGAGAAAGAGGCAGGAUUGGACCAACUGGUCCUUUGGGUAAACGUGGUACACCAGGACAUGUUGGCAAACCUGGACCUCUGGGUCCCAUAGGAAUCCCAGGAAUGCCUGGAUUUCCCGGUAGUCCGGGAUUAAAGGGUGAAGCAGGACCAACAGGUGGGAGAGGAAGCCAAGGUCAGCAAGGCCCCAGGGGGGAUGGCGGACAUGCAGGACCACCGGGACCCACAGGGCAGCAGGGUGCUUCCGGGCCCGAUGGAGCACCUGGCGCUCGUGGCUCACCUGGCAUUGCAGGUGUUCAGGGUCCACCGGGGUUGGUGGGUCCAGCUGGCCCUCCUGGCCCCCAGGGAACCACGGGAGCAGCAGGACCAAAAGGCCAAUUGGGUGAAGGUGGAAUUCCUGGACUAAAAGGAGAACCUGGCCUCAAAGGAGAGAGAGGUGAACAUGGUCUGCCGGGCCAAAUAGGUCCUUUGGGAGAAGAUGGAAAGCGUGGACCCAGAGGUGAUGCUGGAUCCAUCGGGCCUCCAGGACCACCAGGAGAGGCAGGGUCACCAGGAAACAGAGGCUUCCCCGGUGCCGAUGGCUUACCAGGCCAGAAGGGUGCUCAAGGAGAAAGAGGGCUGCCAGGAUCUCCUGGUGGUAAAGCUUUACCUGGAGACCCAGGACGCAAUGGAGAGCCAGGUUUAACAGGAGCACGGGGUCUCACUGGACCUAUUGGGGCUCAGGGAGCAGAAGGAAGACAAGGACCAAUGGGCUCAGCAGGAGAUGAUGGUAAACCAGGCCCAGCUGGUCCCGUUGGGAACAGAGGCGCUGCUGGAACCAUGGGCCUACCUGGACCAAAGGGCUUCACAGGUGAUGCUGGGAAGGCUGGAGAGGCUGGGAGUCCCGGAGCUCCAGGUCAAAGGGGACUAAAUGGAAAAGAUGGAGAGACAGGUGCUGCUGGGUCAACAGGUCCAGCUGGUCCUGCUGGAAAACGAGGAGAGCAGGGACCUCAAGGAGUGAGCGGUUUCCAGGGUUUACCUGGACCACCAGGCCCACCUGGAGAGGGGGGGAAACCAGGUGAUGAGGGUCUUGCUGGAGAGGUUGGUGGUGUUGGAACAACAGGUCCAAGAGGAGAAAGAGGUCCACCAGGAGAAAGAGGUGAAACAGGUCCCAACGGGCUACAGGGACCCAAAGGAAGCCCAGGAGCACCAGGAACCGAUGGACCAAAGGGUAACCCAGGUCCUAAGGGUGCAGCUGGAGAGCCAGGUGGUUCAGGACUUCAGGGAGUCGCAGGGGAGAGAGGCACACCAGGACCCUCGGGUCCAAAGGGAGAUCCUGGUUCUGUUGGCGAGAAAGGAAUGGAAGGAAAAGCAGGAGCUGAUGGUGCGAGGGGACUUCCUGGUCCCGUUGGACCUGCUGGUCCCAGUGGACCAAACGGAGAAAAGGGUGAAACAGGCCCUCCAGGACCAACAGGACGUCGAGGCACAAGAGGAAUCCCCGGUUCUACUGGUGAUCCUGGUCCAAUAGGAGCUGCUGGGUUUGCUGGACCUCCUGGUUUGGAUGGUCAGCCUGGGGUCAAAGGUGAAACAGGAGAGCCUGGCCAGAAUGGAGAAGCAGGAGCUCCUGGACCACAGGGGAUGGCUGGGAAACCUGGAGAACAGGGGCCUGUUGGUGUGACGGGGCUGAAAGGAGGCAGAGGAACACAAGGUCAAGCUGGAUCUCCUGGUUUUCCUGGUCUUCCUGGAGGAGUUGGUCCUCCUGGAUCAAUUGGUGCUACGGGGGCAGACGGACCUAUAGGUGCACCAGGAAAGAAGGGUCCUGCCGGAAUACGAGGUGAGAACGGAGCUCUGGGACGUCAAGGUGAGAGUGGACCACCGGGUCCAGCAGGCAGCCCCGGAGAAAAGGGAGAAUCUGGAGAGGAUGGGCCCCCGGGUCCCGAUGGUCCUCCAGGACCUGCUGGUGCCUCAGGUCAGAGAGGAGUUGUGGGUCAGCCUGGAGUAAGAGGGGAGAGAGGUUUAGAGGGUCUGCUUGGUCCAGCUGGUCAACCUGGAAAACCUGGAACUUCUGGAGCUCAAGGCUCAAAGGGUCCAGCUGGUGGGGUAGGUUUACCAGGACCCACCGGACCAAGAGGAGACGCUGGACCAGAGGGUAUUGCUGGAGCAGAGGGAGCUCCUGGUAAAGAUGGUCUCGUAGGAGAAAGGGGAGAUAAGGGAAACCCAGGUCCAGAGGGGCUGCCAGGUGACCUGGGGUCUCCAGGGAAUGAGGGUCCAGUGGGACUAACAGGAGGUCCUGGACAAAGAGGUGAAACUGGCACAAGAGGUCCUCUGGGACCCCAAGGACCUUCUGGGGUCCGGGGUAAAGUGGGCCCUCAAGGACCCCAGGGAGAGAAAGGUGGUGCUGGAGCCCAAGGAGAGCAGGGUCAGAAGGGUCACAGAGGAUUUACAGGACUCCAGGGUCUACCAGGAACAACUGGCUCCACGGGAGACCCAGGAGAUCGAGGAAUAGUUGGGCCAGCUGGACAAAGGGGACCUCCAGGGGUCACUGGUCCACCAGGGCAGGGGGGAAAUAUUGGCCAUCCUGGAGCAGCGGGAGCUCCUGGAAGCAGAGGAACCAUCGGAGAAAUUGGAGCUCAGGGUCCACCUGGAGAAGCUGGACCUCCUGGCCCUCCAGGACCACCAGGACCUCCUACCACAGCAGUGGAGGAGCUUUUUUCAGUUGAUUAUCAGGAGAACAGUGAUGUUCAGGAAGCGGUGGACCUUGGAGAGUACGAUGCUGCUGCUGAUCUUCCUCCUCCUCCAGAGUUCAAUAGAGAUGAAGCCCAGCCCAAUAAAAACAUCCUGCAAGCUGAAACAGGUGUCCGGGCGACUCUAAAGACCCUCAGCGGCCACCUCCACAACCUUCGCAGUCCUGACGGCAGCAAGACGAAUCCUGCAAAGACCUGCCAGGACAUCAGACAGUGUUACCCUCAGAAGAAGAGUGGACAAUACUGGUUAGAUCCAAACCAAGGAAGCACCAAAGAUGCCAUCAGAGUCUUCUGCAACAUGGAAACCGGAGAAACCUGCAUUUCAGCAAAUCCGGCCAGCAUUCCCCGUAAAUCCUGGUGGACCAAACCCAGUCCCAGUCCCAACAAGCCCAUCUGGUUUGGAGCAGAUAUGAACAGUGGAUCUAAAUUCCUCUAUGGCAACAAGGAGGAGCAGCCCAACGUGGUGGCCGUUCAGCUGAAGCUCCUGCAGCUUUUAUCAAAAGAGUCGCACCAGAACAUCACCUACCACUGCAAGAACAGCGUGGCCUUCAAAGACGAGAAAGGCAGCAGCCUGAAGAGGGCUCUGGUCCUCCGAGGCGCCAACGGCCAAGAAAUCAGAGCUCAGGGCAACCCCAGGCUGAGAUACACCGUCGUGGAGGACGGCUGCUCGAAAUCCAACGGAGAAUGGAGCAGGAUGGUGAUUGAGUACAGGACUCAAACCUCCACCAGGCUUCCUGUGGUGGACUUGGCCCCCAUGGAUGUCCUAACAGCUGACCAGGAGUUUGGUCUGGACAUCGGACCCGUGUGCUUCUCUUAAACGACACAAGAUGGACACGUGUGAUGUUCCAUGAGAACACUAGAGGGACAGCGAUGUUUAUUCACCUUAUCGGUGUGGAGGCUUGGUCGGACGGUAACCGGAGAGGAGUUAUGGUGAAUAAAAGCGUAACAGUGACUUAUUGAUGUACAGAAAGGUGUGGGUGGAGUAUGAGUUGAUGAAUAAAUGACUGUAGCUCGUAAUUUUAACUGAAUAAAUAAUGAAACUCAAGCUUGAAUCUAAAUUAUUAACUUCCCAGCAGGAAGUCAUGUAGUCUUUCAACAGAAAAAACAUCAGUUUAUCCUUUUAUAUCUGUAAAUGCAACACAUUUGUAAAUUGCAAUUAUUUGUUCUUUGUUGACCGUGGAUGUGGAAUAAAAGAAUGACUUUGGAA